AUGGGGCCAGAGUCCACCGAUGGUGCAGCCAUGAACCGCUUCACCAUCCUCGUGGGUGCAGCUCUCCUCCUGCAAGUUCCUGGGGGCACCCAGGCACUGAGCAACACCAAGGGAAAGCAGCUGCCUACCGGGCCGGAUUCAAUCAAGGAAAUCAUCCUGGGUAUAAAAGCUGUAGAGCCUCCAGAAGAGGGUGAGAUAAAUGAAGAUGUUGAACCAGGAAUAAAGGUCUUCUCCAGUAAUGCACAAGCCUGGAGAGGUCCUCCUGGAGCCCAGGCCAUAGAAGGACCUGAGGAGGACCGUGAUCACCUCCACCAUCCCAAAGACAAUGCUGUUGAAGAUACGGAACAUGUGCAGCGCCCAGCUCUGCCCCGCAAGGUGCAGAAUGGCCCAGAAGAAGACUGGGACCAUAUCUACCAUGGCCGAGAGGAGGAGAUGUGA